GUUUACGAUUCAGGACGAAACCGAGCAGCAAGCCAUCCUACAUGACGUAGCAAAUACGAAAGCUCGCUCAUGAGGCCUUUGGCAUGGACUGGAAUGCCCAUCGAAGUCGUGAUGGAGACUCUCCAACUUACAUCGAGGGUGGAAAAGUCGGGUUGUACGGAAAGAUCGCCAAGUACAGAGCUUUGCUGCCGGCGACACGUAAGCUCGGAGUCGGAAUCAUCGCCUACUCUCCUCUUGGUCGAGUCGCGCAAGACAUUCGCCGCCAAGACGUACGCCAGUGGCUCCCACGGGUCUCCGACAAGGACUUUCCCAAGAACUUGGAACUCGUGGACAAGUUCCGUGCAGCGGCUAGCAGCAAGUACGGAGGGACGCCCGGCCAGACAGCCCUCGCGUGGAUGCUCUUCAGCCUCAUUAUGCAAGAACCCGUUACUGUCUCGCAGCAAGGACAAGCAAACGAUACCUGUCUCUUUCCCGACCCGUAUCGAAGGGUUCUACGGCAAGACGGGCGAAAAGGAGACCUUCGAGACCUGACUUGCGCUGCAAACCGUGGAGUGACGUUCUGGGACACCGCAGACACACGACGCGCUAAGAUCUUCCUGGCGACCAAGUCCGGCAGCUUGGAUCUCAUCACAGUAGCUGUGGACAAGACGAAACCGAACAGAAAGUCAUCCUGCAUCGAGCAGCAGCUCGAAAACUCACUCACUCGGCUCUUUGCACGGACUGCAAUGCCCAUAGAAGAGUGGAAAAGUCAGAUCUCGGUCGGGAUGCGUGACUCCCGGUCUAAAGCGACGUUGCUGGACGACUACGACAGGGAUGAUCACCGGGCGAUAUGCGAAUGCACCGCCACAUAUGGUUUAGUAGCAACCUUGAUGACGAUAUACCAGAUAUCAGUUGCAGCCUUGACUUCAGUGGCGUACAGAUUGUACUUCAGUUACAUGUUUUCAAAGGGAUACAAGGCAGUCAUAUCUUAG